AUGAGUUCUUUCGGCGGCCCUGGAGGAGGUCAGAAGGUCUUCAAGCCAACCCCACCCGAACGAGGAUCCUUUCCACUCGAUCACGACGGCGAGUGCAAAGCGGUGAUGACCUCCUACCUACGCUGCCUGCGUUCGCAUCGGGGGAUGAACGACCCGGAAUGCCGGGGGCUGUCCAAGUCCUAUCUGCAAUGCCGCAUGGAACGGUACGUACCGAUGCCA